AUGUCUUCUUUUCCUCAAAAUCAGUGCGCGAACAGUUUUUUUUCCUCUCCAUCAUCACACAUGGUCGAGCCUCUCAAAGGUGUUGCCUCCGCUUGUAAAAGCGUGAACGCGAUCGAGCGCGCGAAAGCGCAUUUGCCUUUUCACACCAGGAGGAGGAGGAGGAGGAGGAUAUCCUCUCGCUCCUUUUCCUCCUUUUCCUCUUCCUCCUCGAAUGAAGCGAAAACAGAAGCAACACCACCCGUCGUAAACGUCGUCGAGAGAGACAAAAUCAUCAUCGAAAACAUCGCUCGAGAUUUUCGUCGGUCGUUUACGCUCGCGAAGAAGAAGGAGGACAACGAAGAAGAAGAAGAAGAAGAAGAAACAAGCAUCGUCGUGCGCGCGAUACGAGAGAAAGACGUUUCUGCCGCCGCGAAAGUCUUUCAGGAGAGCUUCAGCGGGUCUCCGGACGAGAAGCCGAGAAGUUUCGUGUUGAGAUAUUUAUUGGAAGCGUGCGUUGUGGAUGAUGAUGAUGAUGAUGAUGACAAAAAGAACAAAAAGAAUAACCCGUACGAGGUGUGUUUUGUCGGCGUGACGACGACGAUUAAAAACGGAGAAACGAAAGAAAUAACGGAAGAUGAGGUGAUAUCUUUAGUCUCGGUAGCUUUAGACGUGCGCUCGAGAAUCGUGGACGAUCCGAACCCGCCGCCCUCGGACGCGCCGUACGUGUGCAACAUGGCGGUCUCUUCGCGACAUCGGAACAAAGGCGUGGCGAAGGCGAUGUUGGAAGCGAUAGGAGAGUUUGUGCCGAGCGUUGGUGGGUGUGACGUGUGGUUGCACGUCAGAGAGGCGGACGGGAAAGCGGUGCGGGUGUACGAACGUUUCGGAUUUGAAACCGUGAAAGUAGACGAGAAGAAUCCGUUGUUGAAUUUAGUCAUGAAUCGAAAAGAAAGCCGGAAAGGCAGAGCGCUCAUGCGGAAAGUAUUAGCGGAAGGUUGUAAUUUUAUAGUGUAA